UCUCUUUUUAAGAUAAUGAUUGGGUUUAACCCCUAACUGGUUUCUCAGCGCGCAAAUUAAACUUUUUUUAAAAAAAAAAAGUCAGUCCUCUAAGCGAGAAAAUUACAUUUAUGUUCUGUUUGGCUUUAAGAAAUAUCUAUACAGAACAGCUAGGACUUAACAGGAAUUCGACACUAGUGGUUGAAGCGCAGGAACUGAAAAACCUGUCCCGGCGGUCGUGUUUACGGUUUUUGUAAGCGGUUUAUCGCCGGCGCUCAUUCAGCUAAUAUAAGUUACUUUGUGGCUGAGUUCCGUAAAACUGCGAAGACUUCAUCUAAGACGCGUAAUAUUCCAUAAAAUCGUCAACCAACUAAAUUGCCAAGAUGCUCCAAAGCGAAAACGGGAUAGUCUUAAAACUUCAAUUUUCCUUACCGGGGUUUUUGGCCCACAGUGUGAGUUAGCUUUUGCACCUUUAUUUUUUAUUUUUCUUGGGACAACGAAGUCAUUAGACAUGAUCCUUACCGACGGGGAUUCUGGCAAUAAUUUGACGUCUGCUGCGGCGAAGGGAGAUGUGACUGCCGUGAAAAGAAUGCUGGAAGAAGAUGGAGUUCAUCCUGAUACAGUUAAUGAAUUCGGCAGAACCGCUCUGCAGGUGAUGAUGAUGGGCAGUAGGAGUGUGGCUCAGCUUCUGCUUGAGCAUGGCGCCAACGCCACCGUGCAGGACCAGCAGGGCAUCACCCCGGCGCACGACGCCGCUCGGACCGGCUUCACUGACACUUUGAGUGUUCUGGUGCAAUUCGGGGCCUCAGUCAAUGUGCCCGACCACAGCGGCGCGCUGCCCAUCCACGUCGCCAUCCGGGAGGGUCACACGGCCGCCGUGGAUUUCUUAGCCCCGCGUUCGGACCUGGGCCACCGUGACCACAGCGGCAACACGGCGCUGGACCUGGCACGGGCUCGAUCUCCGGAUGUGGUGGCGAUACUGGAGCGUCAUUUGGACUCCAGGCUGACCUAGUUCCCCUGACAUAUUGGUCAGCCAUUUGUGCCACACACACUUUAAAAUGUGUUUAAAGGCAAAAUAAACGUCACAAUGUCAUUUUAAAAAGUCAAUAAAGCGGAAAGCUACUGAUUAGAUAUUGUUAUGAUUAAUAUCCAUUACAAAUGUAUUGGUUUUAACUCGUUUUAAUAUAUCUAUUUUCAUUGCCAUGUUUUUGAAAUGAAAUAUUUGCCUUUAAGAUGUGUGAUUCAUAGAAAAUGUGAUUUUUUACUUUAUUGUAAUGCCUAAUUAUUUAUUUGAAUUAUUUAUUAAUCGAUGUAUAUUUGUUAAACUACGUAUUUAUAAGUUUUGUAUGAUAAAUGUUAUAGUUGGAUCCUUGUAAAGUGUUUAUUUUAAGCUUUGUGAAAAACGAAUUAUUUACCUAACAACUUUUAAAACUUCCAGUUUUUGGCCUUGUGUGUAGCUAUGUGGUUUGAAUUGAAAUAGCCCUGCAAAUAUCCCAUCGGUUGUUUAAAGAUACCAUGAGAAUGUAAUAAAUGAUCUGAACCCGGUCCAUAAUGUACGUUAUGUAACAGCUAUAUAAAAUUAUAUACACAAACAAAACGGUAUUAUGUACAAACUGACAAAUGAUUCGCAUAGUUUUACUUUUUAAACAUUAGUCUGCUAAUACAAAAUAAUAGUGCUGGGGUGUAAAGAUGUAAAAAUUGCCUAGGGAAGACAAUCCGACUACUGCUUUUUAAAAAAUUGCUUUAAGAGUAGAAUGCUAAAUGUUAUAGGCGAUAGCUCCUGAAUACCGACAAAUGAAUCUAAACCACUAAUUACGAUUGUUGUUGCAAAAUUAAUCAUUUUAACUUCAUCAUUAUUUGCUUGUCUCCUGCAGUUCUCACUUUGACCACAAGGUGGAAACCAAACAAGGACCUACAGUGGUUCUACAAAAUGGUGUCUGUUACAUCUUUUAUGUAUUUUAUAAACUAAAUUAUCAGCUUUCAUGA